AUGAGCACGCCAAAGGAGAUUGUUCAAAAUUACAUUCAUGGCGACUACAUCGACGCCAUUAAAAAGGCCUACACUUGGAGAAAUGCCAAAAACUCCGCUCCGCAUUUGCUUCCUCAUCUCAAACCAGGCUUGAAGAUUCUUGAUGUGGGAUGUGGUCCCGGCUCAAUCACUGCUGAUUUUGUCAGAGCUGUGGGCCCCACAGGAAAGGUCGUUUGUGUGGAAAUUAAUGAAUCCAUUUUAAAUGAGGCCAAGAGUAAUUUGAUUAAAUGGGGUGUUUAUGAAGGAAAUUCAAUUGAGUUUGUGGUCGAUAAUAUUUUGUUUUUGGAUAAAUUUGACGAUAAUGAAUUCGACAUCGUGCAUGUUCAUCAAGUGAUUCAGCACUUAAAGGAUCCGGUUAAAGGUCUUGAGGCCAUGAAAAGAGUUUGCAAGAAAAAUGGCAUUGUCUCAAUUAGAGAAUCAAUUUAUGAAGCAUUUUAUUGUAUGCCUGAAAACUAUCAAGCUAUAAAACUAUGGAAGGAACUUUACCUUAAAAUAAAUAUCAAUUCUGGCUUUAAUCCCAAUGCUGGAAAAUUUCUAAAAAAAUGGUGUAGAGAAGCAGGCUUUGACGUCAACAAUACCAAAAAAUUCAAUUAUAAUUUAGGAAAUUGGUUUUUCACCCAAAGAGAGGAUAUUAAAUGGUGGGGUUUAACUUGGGCUGAUAGAGUAGUCAAUUCUGGUUUUGCGAAAAAGCUUUUGGAAGAUAAACAACUUGGUGUAACUGAAAAUGACCUACAAUAUUUAUCUGACGGCUGGAAGAAAUGGACAGAUGAAGAAGAUGCUCUUUUUAUUGUUGAUCAUGGUGAAGUAAUUUAUUUCAAAUAA